AUGUCUUCCAAAGAUACCGCCUCCGGUCUCUCGGGUCAAUCGUUCGCUCCUUCGGUAUACGUCACAACGGCGUCUGGCACCCACAACCAGCCGACUGUGGACUCUGAAAUCACCAGGGAGAACGUGAGCGACAUGCCUCUGAUUCCAGCUCCCAAAGACGUCUGGGCGCUGCCUGCCGUGCAAUUAAGUGAUUUCGGAGAUCAUGUCAGAAUCCACAACAGUCAGCGAUGUUUGUCUUGUGGAGAACCAGGUGAACCAGUCGUCUUUACGAGGGACACAUUCGCCUUGGUACUGUUCAAAGAUGGAGACACUUGGCUUCGACCGCAUGUUCCCCAGCGCGAAACGGAGGAGGAUGCAGAAACAGCUCUCCAGGACUCAUUGAAAGGAUAUCUUUGUCACUUUCAUAUGAGCGUCUUUGAAGCUACCGACGCAGAGCGACUCGUUGAAAAGGGCGUCUCAGUCAAGCUCAAAUUUGGCGACCUCUAUAUCCUUUUCGUACCAGUGGAGGGCGACGAUAUAUACUUUGAGGACACCGAGACCCAUGGCGAGCACGAGCUUACGGGGGGGAGCGAGCAGGAGAUCACCGGCAUUAUAUCGAGUCAAACGGAUCAGCUGGCGGAAAUCCAGUCGACGGAAGAGGCGUCGACUUAUCAAGGCGCAGGACACUGGAGAGAGCUCAAAGCUAUCACCCAUGACGUUGGCCCCUACGACAAGUUGAGAUGCACACUCUGCAGCGAGCCGGGAUACCGCUUUAAUCCUGCUGGACGUCCGCCCAAGCUCGUUUCUUUGCUCUACAAUGACGAGACAAAGACAUGGAUGAGGCCUUACAUGUCCGCAGCAGCAGGCUUCUCUGAGAUGAUUUCUCCGGAUGUCAAAUGUUGUGGCAAAGAUCAUCGGGCCAAGUUGGAAAGCCUAGUCAAGGCGACUCGCGGAUACGGAGGCUUUGAGCACGUGAAAAGGUCCUUGCCUCAUGCAAGCAUAGGCGGUUUGACUGUCCAUCUCAUGACCUGGGAGAGCGUGCACAGCCUUGAUCUCUUUGAGACGAGACAUCAAGCGAGCUCUGGCGACCUUAAUUUGGGCCUCGGUUUUAAAGUCGCUACUCUCAACUUUCCAGCAGCGCCUUGGGAUGGACGAUUGGUAUCAACCCAUGAUGAUGGCACCGGCACUUCUUCAUUUCCAGACACAAAAGACUGGGUGGUGAAUAUACAGCUUACCUACCAAUCACAAUUAUCAUUGGCUACAUGGUUCUGCAUCAUAAAUAAUGUCAGGCUGCAUUCACGCAUUACCUCUCUGCGACGACUCCUCAUACCUCAGAAGUUGCCACGAUCUCCCCACGACUUCCCACAUCUGCCUACCUACCGUACGAGACACCCUGCCAUGGGUCGACCUGCGGGCUCGAAGAACAAGGAGAAGUUGGACGAGAACGGGAUUCCGAUUCCCAAGAAGAAGAAGACGAAGGUAGUAGAGACGGGUAAUGACGACGACAGGCGGAGGAUUCGAUCCCAGGCGGGCUCGAGGGCUGGAGGAUCGGUUGUCGGAGGGGCGGCUUGCCCUGACGAUCAGCAAGGAAAGGACGGAGUGCGAGGCGAGCAUGAGGCCGACAAGGGUGGGGAGAAGCCGAGCGACGAGGACGGGGAUGGGGAUGAAAGUGAGGAGGGGGGUGACGACGAUGAGGACGAUGAUGAGGGGGCACGAGCGACACGCUCGGCUCACGCUGGGGGUUCGAUGGCACGUCGAGCUCUAACAUCUGAAGGGAAGGGGAAGCAGAGGCCGGUCGUCCAGGACGACGACAGGUCCCAAAAGGGGGUUGGCAGGGAUCGUGGGAGGACCCUCACCAGGUCCCCGCAACCGGAGCGGCCCGCUAGGGCGAACCCUAGGCCACCUAGCAGGACGAAGUCCCACAACUCUGGGAAGUCGGGGAAGUCGAGGAAGGAGGACGGCGACAACCGCUACUACGAAUCCGAUGGCGAGUCCAGAACCAGCCGGCUCGACAAGGUCGAGGACCAAAUCUCCCAGGUCCUCGGGCUCCUCAAGAAUAUCCAAGCCGGACAAGCCGAGGGUUCCGGGCAGAAGAGGAAGAGGGUGGUCGAAGACGACGAUCUCGACCUUGAUGACCCGAUGGAUCAGUGGAAUGUUCGGAUUCAUGGACGAGGAGGUCUUGAACGACGCCAUCGACGGGAAACUAGCCCCGGAGGACCUCUGGAAAUGCCGGAUCUAUCGAACAACCCCGACAUUCUCUGGCAGACCCACUCGCACACAAACUUUGACUGGGUGGAAGACGACAUCUUCGACCUCGCGGCCGAGUUCAAGUUCCCGCCAGAAGACUUAGUGGUGUUGGUCAAUGACGAGUUUGGAUGGGGAACAGAGACCGUCAACAUAGAGGAGGGUUUCUUUUGGAUGAAUGAGCGGGAAGAUAUAGUCACGAGGCCAAAGGCAAGGGGGACCUUGCUCAAACAGAAGAAGCUCAAAUUCCCCAUGAAAGGAAUUCCCACCCCUCAAGUCUUUGUUGUGGCUUUUGGCAACCUCAUUGUACUUUGCACCGCCAGUCUCCAGGAUCAUUUGGAGAUACGGGAAACGAUCCGGGGACAGUCCAAACUCCGACCAUGGCACGGAGAUGGAGGACAUGUGGCAGGACAUUGGCCCAGCCAGACAAGGCUGGAAUCCCAGACGCUGACAAGGUGGUACCAGUUGCGUUCGGAGCCAUCCAACAAGAAGACCCUGGGAGUGGUUCAGAUGACCAAGGACAGGAUGCUCAUGUUUGAGGCAGAAGAGAACAAGGACAAGGAAGCGUUCAAGCGACUGCGCCGAGGUAUCCCCGACAAAUUCACCCACUUCUCCCACCAAAUGGAGGCAGUCAGGGCGCUGGCAAAGUUUGCCUACAACCUCAUCGAACUGUCUCGGUCCUACAAUUUCGAAUUGGUGCUCUACUACUACGCCGAGUACACAAGCACAGUGUUCAAAGGAAGGUGA